AUGGAACUACUCCCACAAGGUAAGAAGAACACUGUUAAAGUGCUGUACGAGGAUCAGCAGAGGAUCAAUGAGUUCUCGAAGCUAGUGUUGAAGAAAGACGAUAUUACAUUAGAUCUUGAGCGUCAAAGACAAGAGAAAGAAUACCUAGAUGACAUUUCUAUGGAAAUUGAACUGAUAGACGAGGAUGACGAAUUGCAGUAUAAAGUCGGCGAACUUUUCGUUUACCUGAAACAGAGUGAGGUUGUGGAACUGCUAGAGAAGGACAUCGAGGCAAUAGAACAGAGAAUUACCGAGCUUGAAAACCAGGAUGAAGAAGUUGAAAAAAAAAUGAACAGUUUAAAAGUAAUCCUAUAUAAUAAAUUUGGCGACAAUAUAAACUUAGAACGCUAA